AUGGCGAUUUAUGGGAAGCGCAGAAAUGGUCUCCUUUCUUCCUUCGCUGUCUUCCAAGAUGAUGAAUCGAAGUCUAAGCACCACCAAGAUUCGCUAAGUACAGAGCAAGCACGCCGCACGAAAUCAAAAACAAAUGGCCUGAAGCUCUUGAACCAAUCACGAUCAGAUGAUGAGAGCAUUGACGAGCUCGAUGGUGAAGCUCUUCUACAAGACGUGCCAAAGCAGAUCUCUCGAGUCGAUUCACUUCAUCAAGAGAUUACGCUUUCGCGACCGAACUCGAAUAGAUCAAACAAGCGGGCAGACGACGGCACCGAGAGGUCUGCUUCACCCGUUAUCUCUUCAGGCAAGAAGCCCGUUGAGGAGAGCAAAGCAAGGGCAGUUCUGGCUCCUAAAACCACCAAUUUACACUUGCCAAGCGAUCAGAACGCUUCAAAUUUCAAACGCAAAACCAAAAAGCCAUCUCUACCCCGGGCUUCAUCCUACCAAGCUAUAGCGUCGAGACCUACGACAAGCCAUACAGCCGAGAGUCUCCCUGUCACAAGAUCUACGACAACCAAUGCUACGACUUUGAGCCAAAAGAUCUCUAAGCUCAUGCACCAGGCUGAAGCGCAAGAAGCCGAGUCCAGGGUGAAAGCAUCGAUUCUUGCAGUUGAGCUCGCGAAACCUUCACCAAGGCAACGAGCGAAAGACGCACUCAUGAGUGCUUCGCGAGUAUUGAAAGGCAAGCUGAGCAAUGACCACAAAGACGACUCAUCGCCACCAGAAGCAAUCAGGGUGUACGAAACCCUCGAUGGCCCUAGGAAGACCAAAAUCGUUCCUGAGAAAGGGAGGAAUGGAAAUGUCGCACGUCGGGUAGCAGAAGGGACUAAUCUUAGCAAACCAAAGGUCCAGUCUUUGAUGGGUAGUGGCAGUGCAACGCGAAGGUACCUUCCGGUAUACGAAAGCAUGAGAUCUCGCUUAGAGCGUUCGUCUCUAGAGGAUGAUCCAUUUCAUGAUGAACCCAGAAUAGAUGGUAGUAUAUCAAUCCACGACUUCUCAGGCUUCAAUUUUAGUCUCGACAAGCCAAAAAAGGGCACCGAGACAACCAAGAAGAAUGAACUUAACACAGAUCGUGUCAUUAAUCAGCAGACUGGAUCAUUACCCAUUACACAAAGCAUGCCAAACUUCACGCAUGCAAUCUCCGGGCUUGACCAACACUCAAACACUAUGUACUUUUCAAGUAGCCCAGACGCAACAUCCACGUCGUCGAAGUUAUUCACGAAGCAAGAUAAAGUAGUCGACCAGCGGCAUGAGAGUCCGUGUCAGAGCCCAAGUACAACAAAUUCGAGCUUGGAUUCUCAGCCUGAUGACGAGCAUCCUUACAUUUCGACGCCAGCAUCCAAGUCAGCUACAGAUGGAAAUCAGAGUGUGAAAAGGAAGAGUGCGCAACGGAAUCUAAGGGUACUCGAUGGUCCAGCGCCAAAGAGAACAAAGACACAUAGGCAAAUUUCCCUCGAAGAUGCUCGAAGCCUAACAGAAGGAGUCAACAAUUUGGGGACUCGAGAUGACGAACAACAUCCGUGGUCCAGAAGCGGUCUCAAAACGAAGUCUAGUGCCCAGAGACCCAAGAGCCAUGGUAAGGGGCUCGGGAUCUUUGACGUUGGCAAAGGUAAAGGGCCUGAGAAGAGAGUUGACGAAGAGUUUUUGAUGACCAAGAAUCAACGACCCAAAGGCUUCAACGUUAGACACAACUCAUAUCCAAGGCCUAACAGCAUCCUUUUUGGUCGAAGCUCGAAGCCUGCCGGACAGGGAAAGUUCAUGAAGCUCGAUGACAAUGACAUGAAUGUAGACGAAUUGGGAUGA